AUGAAGAACAUUCCAUAUGCUUCUGUUGUUAGAAGUCUUAUGUAUGCUCAAGUAUGCACAAGGCCCAACAUUGCAUUUGCUGUUGGAAUCUUAGGAAGAUAUCAGAGUAAUCUAGAUAUGGAUCACUGGAAAGUUGCAAAGAAGGUGUUGAGAUAUCUUAAAGGAACAGAAUAUUACAUGCUAAUGUAUAGGCAGACGGACAAUCUUGAUGUGAUCGGCUAUUCAGACUCCGACUUUGCUGGUUGUGUUAAUUCUCGCAAAUCAACAUCAAGAUAUAUUUUUAUGAUGGCUGAUGGAGCUAUUUCAUGGAGAAGUACUAAGCAAACCUUGGUUGCUACUUCUACUAUGGAAGCUGAGUUUGUCUCCUGUUUUGAGGCUACUUCUCAUGGUGGCUUAAGAGUUUUAUUUCUGGGCUUAGAAUCAAGGAUUCUAUUUCUAAACAUCUGA